AUCUAAUUAAUGUAGCAUUCCGCAUCCGCACCAUGCGCCCGGCUGAUAAGAAAAAAAUUUUGCCCCAGCUGAACAUGGACAGAGAGUGUAGCUAUAAGCUCGUCAGUGUUGCUAACUCGGUCGGGCAGGAAACAACCCAGCAACUCCCUUUUUCGCGCAACAGGUUGAUCUCUGAUUUCCAUUCAGAAAAAAAAAUGACCACUUACGCAUUUGUCGGACAAAUUGUCCACUCCCUGGGGACGUUUGGCCAACUUGAUGUGCACACCAACGCCGUCCUCAUUGUCAGAGAUGGCAAGAUCGUCUGCCUCGAACCGGAAGACAACCUUGCUGGGCUGAUUGAGAGGCAUCAGGUUUCGCAGGCAAACGUCGUGAAAAUGACCAAAGGCCAAUUUUUGAUGCCUGGCCUGAUUGACACGCACGUUCACGCUCCGCAGUACCCAAACGUGGGACUCGGCUACGACAAAACCCUGCUGCAGUGGCUCGAAACCUACACCUUCCCCCUGGAAGCGAGUUACUCGAACGAGACGAUGGCUCAAAAGGUCUAUGAGGCCGUUGUGAAAAGGACCCUGGGUGCAGGAACGACAACCGCGUGCUACUUCGCCACCAUCCACAAGGGCAGCACCCUGAUUCUGGCCAGGCAGUGCGUCCAGCAGGGUCAAAGGGCACUCAUUGGUAAGGUCAACAUGAACGCCAACAGUCCAGAAAACUACCGAGAGGUCACCCAGAACUCAACGAGGGACACCGAAGACUUCAUCAAGGAGAUCAGGGCGCUGCAGGUUUCUAGGGUGCAGCCCAUCAUCACGCCAAGGUUUGCCAUCAGCUGUGAUGCAGAUUUGAUGCUGAAGCUUGGCCAAAUUGCUGAGAAAUAUGAUGUGCACAUUCAGACGCACAUCUCUGAAAACUUGGGAGAAAUUGCCUUCGUUAAGGAACUGUUUCCGGAAAGUAAAAACUACGCCGAGGUUUAUCAGAAAGCAAAACUUCUUACAAAUAAGACCAUCUUGGCGCACGGAGUGCACCUGCUGGAUGAGGAGUUGCAGCUUUUAGCUCAGACGGGCACUGCCGUGUCCCACUGUCCCAAUUCAAACACCAGUCUGCAGAGUGGAAUGUGCGACGUUAAGAGACUUUUGCAUCACAACGUUAAAGUUGGUCUUGGAACUGACAUGUCUGGUGGAUACGGACACUCCAUCAUGGAUGCAAUGCGACAGGCUCUAUCGGUUUCCACCUGCAUUUCCUUCAACAAGGCCGACUACAAGCCUCUGGACUUCCAACAUGUUGUUCACUUGGCAACCCUUGGAGGCGCUCAAGCUCUGGCAUUGGAUGAAGCCAUUGGAAACUUUGUACCAGGAAAAGAGUUUGAUGCCAUUUUGGUCGACAUGGAUGCUGGUCCGUCAGAACUCAUCAAGGAGUACUCGACACUCGAACUGAUCCAGAAAUUUGUCUAUCUUGCUGACGACCGAAACAUAAAGCAAGUGUACGUGUCGGGCGCCAAGGUUAAAUGAUUUUAAACUAGGAUAAAAAAAUCGCGACUUGCAGCGACUUGGUUGUUUUUAAGUAUGUCUUGGAAAUGGAUUAAUUAAAUAUGAUUAUUUUUAAAGCUGA